UGUCAGUCGUUCCAUGGCUGCGCGCGAAUGCCGUAAAAUCGUAGGUAAAAUGUAGGAAAUGUUUUACGGUUUACGCGGUGUUUAAAACUGCCAGCGGGCACAAUAACUUUGACAUGGCAAGACGUUUCCAGUUUUACCGUUGGCGGCCUAGCGCUUGACAGAGCUGAUGGAAAUGAAUUUACUCGGUGGAGAGCUAGAAAUUGCGAAGCUGUGGCACAGUUUGUGUGUGCAGCUGACUGGACUUCCUGAAGAUUCGGUCCACAGUUUCUACGAGGGUACUUUAGCGGCUCUUGGAUGCACAUUUGAAAGCUCUCAAGAGGAAGAUGAGACGAAAGUGGCAGAGCAGAUUGUCCAGUCUUUUAUAAGAAAACACAAGGAGAAAGAAGCAGUCCGGUUCUCUGACCUGUACCGAAGGCUUCGAUCUCCGGCACUAGAUGGAGUGCUGUCCAGACGACUAUCUCUGCUCAAGCUUCUCCUUACCCUGCGGGAUGUUGGGGAACACCAAGGGACAACACGACCAACCUUGGGAACUUACCAUCUGAGACGUGUCCAGUCCCAGCCUACACCACGCCCCGAGUUCUGGCCUCCUGACGUGGGUCGUGCAGCAGCUGAGGUGACCCAGGAGCUUUCAGCAUCAGCAGGCCGCACCCAAGUGAUUGGAACGACCAGUCAUGUUGGGCAGAAGGUUCUGCGGGAUGUGCUGUUCUGUCUGCAGGGUGUCUCCAGCAGCUUGGUGCAGUUUCAUGACUUGCCACUGGGUAGUUUCACUGUUGACCCUGAGUGUCAGCUCUCUGGUCCACAACGGCAGAUUGUGCGGAAUCUGGCUGUGCUCGGGCGGCUGCGCAUCCUGGUGGAUGGCUUCUGCCGACCAGAGACGAUGAGACGUGGGCUUCUGUGUGAGGCUUUUGUGGGAGCCUUGCAGGCUGAGAUGGCGGAAUACUACCGGAUACUCGCACUGCUCGAUGCUCAGCUGAACCCCUCUGAAGGAAACGCCGGUGCUUUGACAUUGCCUCGAGUGGUAACAUGGAUGAGCAAGUCCAUGACCAGAUAUCGUUUCCUGGGUGACCUCGUGCAAUUGUGUGCAGAGCUCAAGGGUGGCGAAUUAGCCAGCCGACUCCACGGAUGUCUAGCCAAUGGGGAUCCCGAAGUUAGCGCUCUUGCACGCAGACUCCUUAUUGCGGUGCUUCAACCAUGGUACAACAUGCUUUGCCGAUGGAUCCAGACUGGGCAACUUGAAGAUGUCCAUCAUGAGUUCUUCAUUGCCAUGAACUCGAACAUUUCCGUGGAAAGCCUUUGGCACGACAAGUACUACCUGCGCAAGAGUAUGAUGCCGUCAUUCCUCUCUGAAGAACAGGCCCGGAAGAUUCUUUGCACAGGCAAGGCCGUCAAUUUUUUGCAUCAUGUUUGCCAAAAUUUGCCGCAGCAAGCAGACCUGCCUCCACCUCAUGCAGUGGAGUGUCUGUUGGACGGGCAACAAGAGGACUCCUUUCUAGAAUUCCUGGAACAGGCAUACCACACACGCAACUGCCGUGUCCUCUCUGUGUUCAACACUGAGUUCAAGUUCAAGGAGCACCUGCAGGCCUUGCGACAAUUUCUUCUGCUGGGUCAAGGAGACUUUGUCCGCCACCUGAUGGAUGUAUUAGAUGAGCAGCUUAGUCAGCCUGCGCAGCUCUUGCGUGACCACUCCCUGAAGGCAGCCUUGGAUGAGGCGGUGCGCACCACCAACGCACAGUUUGUGGACCCUGAGAUGCUGAAGCGGCUUGAAAUACAACUCCUCGAUAUAAACCCGGGUGACACUGGCUGGGAUGUGUUCAGCCUUUUCUACCGCGUCGAUGGACCUAUCGGCAUGGUAUUCACGCCAUACUGCAUGUCAGUGUACCUGCGUCUCUUCAACCACAUGUGGAGGACCAAGCACAUGGAGUAUGUAGCCACAGCAGCUUGGAUGCAGCAGACCAUCGACCUGAAGGUCAAGAACCGCCAACAUGCUACUGAGAGCCGAUGCAUGCUUCACCAGUGCCACAUUCUGCUCUCGGAGAUGAUUCACUUCAUGCAACAGGUCCAGUACUACAUGGUUUUUGAGGUGAUAGAGUGUGCAUGGGCCGAGCUGGAAUCGCGUGUGGAGCAGGCACAAGACUUGGACCAAGUCAUCCAUGCUCAUGACGACUUCUUAGCGGCCCUGAUGACCAGGGCACUGCUUGAGCCAGAGUCACGGGAUAUUCUUUCCCAACUUCGUUCCAUCUUCGACCAAGUGCUUCGCUUCAAAGAAGUGCAGGGGGAGCUGCUUUCCCAGCUGACCAGUGGCACCAGCAGCCUGCGGGCCCAGGCUUCUCUCCGAAUGAUCUCUGACUCCUACCAGCGUUUAGUGCAGGACUUUCUGCUGAGCCUGUCCCGGCAUGACGACACCAACCUUCAAGGACUAGGCUUCCGACUGGACUUCUCUGAGUUCUACAACAGGCAGAAUGUACAGCUUCGGACCUCAAUGACUUUCCACAGCCGUCGACAGUACCAAGGGUCCAGUGUUCAAGUUUAAGAGAUGCAACUGCUGCCUACCUGCCAUGCAAUGUUACCACCAGCUGCCAGCACACAGUUAAGGCAUAAGUUCCAUUUUAAACGCCCUUAACCUUUUCAAGUAAUGCCUUCUGAAGAGCAGGCACACAAGAAGAUGCCCACUUUGACCUUCAUUUGGAGCUGAAGGAACUGUAAGCAAGAUACUGCAAUGUUUUGAUGUAGGUGUACACAGUGAACUUUUUUAAGCAUGGGUUUAUGUGAAAAAACAUUGACGAUCAGCCGAGCUUUUGUGCUUCUUACAGCGGAGUGAUUGCCUUCUUAGUCUGUAUGUUUAUAAUUGUGCAACAGUCCUAAAUAAAGACCAUAUAAAGCCAACAGGCAAUGGAGCCGAGGAAAGCAUAGGGGUAAUUAGCUGUGGUAUAAAUUUAAACAUAGAAAAUAAUGAAGAAAAGAGAAAUGAAAAUGAAUGAAAAAGAUAACUUGUUGCCGAUGAGGACUGAGCUUACAGCCUUCACAUUACAUAUUACUGGCAACAAGUUAUCUUUCUCGUCCACUUUCAUUUCUCUUUAUUAUUUUCUACAUUUGAUUUCUGUGACAGCUAAUUACCCCUAUGCUUUCCUGGGCUUCACUGCCUGUUGGCUUUAUACGGUCAUGGUUUAAAAAAGUCUGAGCCCCUCUGUUUUCCUUCUUCGCGUUCAGUCCUAAAUAAAAUAAUACUUCUUGGA